GGGACGGGCCCUGCAGGGCCCGUGUGGCUACGCAGUAUGCCACACUGGGCCUCUUGGGGAGACGGGGGGCAUGGGUGAAUGGCAGGGAAGAAGGUGGAAGCAGGAGGCAGCAUCGACAUUGCGCCUGCUCCGAAACGGGGGAGAGGACGACCGGGCAACAAGGAGAAGGCAGAAAGAAAAGCAGCAGAGAAAGCUGCGAAGAAGGCGUCCGCAUCUGCAAAUAAAAAGAGUUCUGCUGCAAAGAAAAAAGCAGCAGCAGCGAAGAAAAAGAAGGGGAAAGUCAUUGACGAUGACAACACCCCUCCGUGUUCGGCUUCAUCGUCGUCAUCCUCUGAUGAUGAUGACGGUGAUGAUGAUGCCGAUGGUGAUGAUGAUCGUGAUGGUGAUGAUGAUCAUGAUGGUCAUGAUGAUCGUGAUGGUCAUGAUCAUGGUGAUGGUGAUGACGGGGAACAGGACGGAGGUUCUGAAUCUUCUGAUGAUGAGGACGAGGGGGGCGAACAAGAGGAAGAGAGUGGGGAGGAAGGGGCUGCGGAGGGACAGGACGGAGGUGCAUUUGCUGAGCUUGGCGGAAAACUUUUGCUCUCUGUGGAUAGAGAGGACUUGGCGAAGGUGUUGAAGGUGAGACUCGAAGGUGGGGCUAUAAACAAGGAUAUCAUCAAGGUAGACGGGGUCACAGACUUCGAGGAGGUUGCAAAAGAUGUGAUUCAUGGUGGAUUGGAAUGCGGGGGGUUUUGUGUUCAAGUGGAGGAGGGAUCGAGAGUGGCGGAUGCGGAAGUGCUGGUGCGUUCUCUCCUUUCCAUCCGCAUGAGGUGGAUGGCAGAGAGUUCGUCGGCGGAGAGCGAUGUGGUGUCUAGUGGAUCGGAGAGGGUGUCGGGGUUAGGGGCGGUGAACUCGUCCAAGGAGGUGGUGGAGGUGGUGUCCUCAGAGGCGAUGUUGUGGAAGAAGCGACGGCGGGGAGGGGCUGAUAUAAGUGCAGUGUUGGAAGGGGAGAAGAUGCGUGGAUGGAUGUCACCAUGCGGAGAAGUGUCGGUGGCGGCAUCGGGUGCUGGUGUUUGCUCACCUACGAGGUUGCGGGCGAUGCUGUCGACGGAGUCGAUGCGGAUGACGGACAUAUCAAUGCUGGACAAUUGGGCCAUGGUGGGGGAGGAACCAAUGGAAGCGGCGGAUGAGGUGGAGGCGGCGGCAGCAGUGGAGGCGGCGGCAGCAGUGUCGGCGAAGCUAAAGGCUAUCGCAGAUGAGCAGGCGGCGAAGAUGAACAGGUUGGAGGAGGAGAUGAAGAGGGUACAACAGGAGGAGGAAGAAAGAAGGAAGGCUGCUGAAGCAGAAGCGGCAGCAGAAGAAGAGAAAGAGAAAAUGAGAAUUGAGAGUGGAGAAGGGAACAGUGGUGGCACGAUAAAAUGGGAGACAGAUACUGAGCUGGGGAAGAAGAUCAACGAGUGGGUUGCUAAUUUAUCGUUGGGGGAAGAUGAGGAGGCGGAGUCCUAUGUGACUAAGGAUGAUGAGAAGGCUGCGCUGGCCGCUGAGCUAGCAGCCAUGACAGACCCAAUGGAACGAAGAGAGAGGGAAGACGAGCAAAAGUUAGCAUGGAAGUUGAGAAUGAAGAGGGAGAAGAAGAGGAGGAGAGAGGAAGUGAAUAAGAUGACCGUAGCAGUGGCAAAGGUGCAGGAGUGUAGAGCGGAGGUGCUGGCCCAGCCAGAUGAUAAGGCCAAGUGGGACAAGGUACUGGGCUAUCUAGAGGUGUUGAGCAAGGCCUGGAUGGAAGAACGCCAGGCAAGUUGGAGCCAAGAUGUGGCCUUGAGUGCCAUGCGGUCAGGGUUUAGAGACUUUGCGCGUGAGAUCGUCACCCAUAUUGGGGGCGAAGUCAAACAGUCGAGAGACAAUGUAGGGAAGUUUUGUGAGGGCGCCAUUCAGGGCGCCAAAGCUGUAGCCGCCGCAGAGGGAGAGGCCGGGCCCCGUAAGGACCCAGUGAAGCUUAAGUUUCCGGACGUGUACGGGGGAAAGAAGGAAGAAAACUUUGACAACUGGGAAGCCAGUGUCAAUAUAGUCUAUGUAGACGAUAUCCUAGUUUUUAGUAAGACCCUCCAGGAGCAUCAGGGUCAUCUGAGGCAGGUCUUGGAGAAGCUUAGAGACGCUAACUUGAAGAUCAAUGCGAAGAAGUGCGAGUGGGCCAAGACGCAAGUUUUGUACUUGGGCCACGUAUUAGACGGAGAUGGCAUCAAGCCAGAGGACAACAAGAUCGCGGUGAUUAGAGAUUGGCCGACGCCCCGCACAUUGACAGAGUUGCGGUCGUUCCUAGGCUUAGCUAACUACUAUAGGAAGUUCGUGAGGAACUUCUCCAGUAUCGCCGCUCCCUUGCGUCGAUUGCUGAAGAAAGAGGCAAUCUGGCAAUGGGACAAAGACUGUACGUCUGCGCUCAAGAAGCUAAAGCGCGCGGUAAUAGAGUAUCCUGUCCUCAAAGUUGCAGAUCCGUCUUUGCCAUUUGUCGUCACCACGGACGCGAGUCAGUAUGGGAUAGGCGUCGUGUUGCAGCAAGACGACGGCAAUGGCUAUAGACCCGUAGAGUUCAUGUCAGCGAGGAUGCCCUGUGAAAAGGUUGUUGCCUCCACGUACGAGAGAGAACUCUACGCUCUCAAGCAGGCUUUAGAUCAUUGGAAGCACUACCUGCUUGGGAGGUACUUCAAAGUGUAUUCGGAUCACGAAACGCUUAGAUGGUUAAAGACUCAGGCCAAGAUGACACCUAAGUUGACUAGGUGGGCCGCAGAGAUAGACCAAUUCGACUUUGAGCUCAAGCCAGUGAAGGGCAAGUACAACGUAGUUGCGGAUGCUCUGAGUAGGAGAUCAGACUACUUUGGAGCUGUAGUACACUAUCUGGAUAUAGGGAGAGAUCUGCAGGAGAAAGUGAGGCAAGCAUAUGUGCAGGACCCUAUCUAUAGCGACCUCCUAAAUAGAGUUAGGGAGGCCCCAAAGACUGAACCAGAUUACCGCACUACAGACGGGUUGUUGUUUGAGAAGACUAAUGUGUUUGACCGCCUGUGCGUUCCCAACAGCGAAGAGAUCCGCAGCUUGAUUUUAGGGGAAUGCCACGAUACUGAAGGGCAUUUCGGUUGGCAAAAGACAUUAGCCAACCUGAUGCGUGCAUAUACCUGGCCAGGAAUGAAGAAUGACUGCAUAGAGGACUUUACACGUGAACUGGCUACGCAGGUGGGCACCGAGGUGAGGGGCCGCCUCAAUGGGACAGAGCGCUAUUGCACUGGCGCCAUUGAGGGAGCCAGACUAACCACUCCCAAAGGGGAGGAAGUACGUCCCCGUAGGGAGCCGGUCAAGGUCAAAUUUCCUGAUUCCUAUUGUGGGAAGAAGGAAGAGAACUUUGACAAUUGGGAAGCGAAUGUUAAGACCUACGUGCACCUGCAGAAAGUUUCCCCAGAUGAGCACGUCCUAAUCGCCAUCCAUGCCCUGAGAGAGGAGGCCGCCAGUUUUGCCCGUUCCCUGGUACGCGCCGCUAACUGCAAUAAUGAUGUCGUUGCGUACUCUGCGUUCACUCCCCUUAGUGACUUUCUAAAAUUAUUGCGUGAGCGGUUCACAGAUGUUGCACGUAGUGUUAAAGCCUCCGAUCGUUUGCAAACCAUCCAUUCGCGUCAGUGGAAGAGUGCCAUGGCACUCAAAGGUGUAAUGGAUGAAUUGAUUGCAAUCCCUGACCACGGGGUCACCGAGACCCGGUUGGUCAACCUCUUCUACCGGGCUAUGCCCGAAUCGCUGCGAGGGCACUUCUUUGAGAAGAGCCAGCAACCCACCAUGACCUACGACGCCUUGAGCAGGGAAGUGGUGGCGUUUGAAGCAUGGUCCAUGCCAGUCUCCACUUUCUGGCACAAUGACCUAGACAAGGGGAAAAAGUGGAAGGGCCGCACCAUCUCUGGUCAGGUUAAGACAAAGGAUCGUCUGAUCCUUACCUUAGAUGAAGGUGGUGUCGAAGUAGUUCCCUACGAACAGAUAGAGUGGGGGCUUGAGGAUGAGGGCAGUAGCGAAGGGCAAGGGAGGACUUACGCUGCUGUCGCGGCUGGAGGGAGGCCGCAAGGAGGAGGAAGAGUCCAAGCUUACUUCCGCCUAGAGCAGAAUGGGAAGGUGGAGAAGGUCCUCCACUCCCUUGAAGAUCGGUUUGAUAUAGUCCUAGGAAUGGACUGGGGAGAGGCAGCAGGGGCCACACUCCACUUGAGAGAUCACGAGUGUAGGCUCCCUAGCCCGUCAGGCGGAGUCAAGACUGCCCGCCUGUUCCAUGUGUCAGGAGUAGACGACUCCCUGGCACAUUGCUGCCUUAGCGCUCCUGCAUUUGCACGAAUGGUUAGGAAGGAGCAACUAGAGGAACAGGUUUUUGUGGAUUAUGUCAGGCCAAUUACUGAGCCUACGGAAGAGAAACCCACAGACCCCGCAAUCGCCAAACUGCAAGAAAGAUACAAGGAUUUAGUUCAGCCGCCGAUAGGAGUAGUUCCGCAGCCGAUCCAGCAUCGCAUUGAGAUAGAGUCGGGCAGCAAGACUCCUAAGGGAGUUGUGUAUAGGAUGUCCCCGCAGCAACUGGAAGAGCUUCGCAAGCAGUUAGACGAGCCUUUAGAGAAGGGUUGGAUUAGGCCUAGUUCGUCUCCAUUUGGAGCACCUGUCCUAUUCGCCCCCAAAAAGGAGGGAGAGUUGAGACUAUGUAUAGACUAUAGGGGCCUCAAUGCCAUCACAAUGAAGAAUGCAGAGCCACUGCCUCGAAUAGAUGACCUAUUAGAUCGGGUGCAGGGGUGGAGUGCUGCAUGGGCUAGGAGCCACUGUAAGCUACGGAUUCUAGCUUGUCUGAUGGGGAGGUACAUCGGGCUCUUCAUGCAUUCCAUCCACUCAACAGAGCGCUCGCUGAAUCUUGAUCAGCGGUUGCACAUCUUGCUCUCUCACUUUAUCUGCCAUCUUUGCCAGUCGGUAUGCCGGUCGCUCUUUGAGAGAUCAAAGCUUCUGUUCGGAUUCAUGCUGAGCAUUGCACAUCUCUCUGACACGGGCUCGUCCAACUGCCCCGUGCACCACUCUCCUCCCUCCACUCUCUCAACCCUCUCAUCCUCCUCUCCCUCUUUCACACAGAACCUUGACUUCGCCGGCGGCCGCCGCCGCCGCAGCAGCAGCAGCAGUAGGCCAUGCUCCUCUGCAACAGCCUGCAGCGUCUGCGAUGCCAGGCUGAAUUCACCAACAAGCGAUGGGGAAGAGUCCUGGUGCGAGCCUGGUGGGCUCAACAGAUCCGAGCUACGGUUUCUGCUCACCGGAAGUGCUGUGGCUAUGGAUGACACAAGGGCGAAGGAGGUGCUGCCGCUAAGAAGGCGGACGAUCACAGAAGACAACAACAACAGGCGGCUGGGAGAAGAAUCAUGGUCGGGACAAAGGGGAAGUUCAACCCUUGUGAGUGGAGAUGACAACCACCGUGAGCGCAACCGUGACAUGCCUUCCGCAGAGAAAGGGCGAGCGUCAUCCGAAGGAGGCACCACCAGGGGUGGGGCAGGACAAAACACCAGUGCAGGGGGUCGUAAUAACUCGCUGCAGCAGCAGGGAGGUGGUGGUGGGGAGAUGGUGAUGCCCAACCCAGCUCCCCAUUGGCUUUCUGCGAAGGCGUGGAGUGAAAUCUGCAAGUUGUCCGCCCUCGGGCGACCCAAGCUGAGCAGACUGGCAGAGGAAAUCACAGCGAGUCCGAACAGGUGGAAAGCCUUUGCAGAGGCCGCAUAUCCGCACCGAGUGGAUCUGCCGGGCCGAUGGAAGGGUCAGCUAACUCGAUUCCAGAUGCUCCUCGUGAUCAGGUGAGAGGAUGUAUGUGUACAUAUACUACGAUGUCCAAAUUCUCCCAAAGGGUUUCCUUUUUCUUUUUUUCCGAAAUCAACGACAGGUGCAAGG